AUGGCUGAGUGCGCCACCUAUGGGACGGUAGCGGUACUGCAGAUCAACAAUCCGCCAUUAAACGUCCUGGGUCAUGACGUCAGGAGUCAGCUGAUGUCCGGCCUACAGCAAGCCUUGCAGGACAAAGCGGUCUGCAGCAUUGUCAUCAUGGGCAAGGGGCAGACCUUUACUGCAGGGGCUGAUGUGAAAGAGUUCGGGACUGAGAAGGUUUUCUGGGAGCCUACUCUGCACUCUUUGGUUGAGGCCGUGUCCGCCUCAACUAAACCUGUGGUCACUGCAAUUCACGGAACCACGCUAGGGGGAGGUGUUGCACUAGCCUUGGCCUCACACUACCGGCUGGCAGACUCCUCAGCCAAGAUGGGACUACCGGAGGUACAGCUGGGGAUCCUGCCGACCUGCGGGGUAACACAGCGGCUGCCCCGCCUGGUGGGACUACAGACGGCCGUUAGGAUGGUCACUUCUGGUCAGACCCAGUCAGCACAACAGGCACUUACAGCUGGCUUGCUGGAUAAAGUAGUCACGGACGAUCUGCUGAAGAAGGCUGUUGGCUUCGCGAGGUCAGUAGAUGUCCGGGGGCUUGAGGCCAGACGGGUCAGCAGCUGGACAGUCCCCGGUGCGGACAGGGCAGAAGACGUGCUAGACGCCGCCAGGAAGACACUUGUGCGAAGGUCUCGUGGCGCCAUAGCUCCUCUAACAGCCCUUCAGGCGAUUCAGGCUUCCCUCCUACCGUUUGAGACUGGGAUGAAGCGUGAGGCUGAACUAGGACGGUACUUGUGGACAUCAUGGCAGGCUGCAGCGCUGAGGUACGCGUUCUUCGCAGAGAGGACAGUCAAACGCUGGCACAUUCCCAGGAACAAGAACGUUAACUAUAGGACGGCGGAGCCAAUGGACAUCAAAAGUGUAGGGGUGCUGGGUGCAGGUACCAUGGGUGUCGGCAUCACCAUCAGCCUACUUCAGGCAGGUUUGAAGGUUGUUCUGACUGAAGUCAACAAGGCACAAUUGGACAAAGCUGUCAGUCUUAUUCAACGCAGUCUUGAAGGGAAGUCAGGCGGUAAACCGCAGCCCAUGCAGCUGAGAGCGACCACAGACUACAGCCAGUUAAGGGAGGUUGAUCUGGUCAUUGAAGCCGUGUUUGAGGACCUCGCUCUAAAGAAGAAGGUGUUUCAGCAGCUCGACGCAGUGACAAACCCACGGACAAUCCUGGCUACCAACACGUCUGGACUGGACAUAGACCAGAUUGCAGCAGCCACACAGCGGCCAGACAAGGUGAUCGGGACUCACUUCUUCUCCCCUGCUCACGUGAUGCGUUUGCUGGAAAACAUCUAUGGGAGACACACGUCAGUGGAGACCAUCGCAACGGCCAUGCAGCUGGGUGCUACCAUUGGGAAGGUGGGGGUGCUGGUCGGGAACUGUCCAGGCUUUGUGGGGAACAGAAUGAAGGGUCUGAACUUCACAGAAGCCAUGUUUCUAUUGGAGGAAGGGGCGGAGCCACAGGACGUAGACAAGGCGCUGGAGGAGUUUGGUUUUGCGAUGGGCCCGUUCCGUGUGAGUGACCUGGCUGGAGGAGACGUACACUGGCGGAGACGGAUACAGGCCGGGCUGACUACCGAGCAUGGUCCGCCCCCGUACACACCCGUGCUUUAUCGGCAGGGCAACCGCUACUCUCCACUGGCAGACAUGUUGUGCAUGCAGGGGCGCUUCGGACAGAAAACGGGGGCGGGCUGGUACAGGUACAAGUCCGGCAGCCGUACAGCCCUUCCUGAUGCUGAAGUACAUCGGCUCAUCCACAAGCACCGUCAGGACCACGGCUUCCAGAGGAGAAACAUAUCCUCACAGGAGAUUGUAGAACGUUGCUUGUUCCCGCUCAUCAAUGAGGGUUUCCGCAUCCUGGAGGAAGGACUAGCUACUGGACCACAGGACAUAGAUGUCAUCUUCCUCCUCGGCUUUGGCUGGCCGAGACACACAGGAGGACCGAUGUACUACGCUGAUAAGGUUGUUGGUCUGGGGAACCUGCUACAAUCUCUGGAGAAGUACCGAGCCUACCAUCCCCGCAGUGCACACUGGGUACCCAGCAGCCUUCUGCGGAAGAUGGCUGCCCAGGGUACCAGUCUUUCAAUAUGGGCAGCAGGGAGUAGACUUUGAGACGGCAUGUUGGCUAAUAUUGAGCAAAUCGUAAUCUUUGUAAACACUAAAUAAGCAAAAUAACAUUUGUAAGGUAUUCUACAUCUCUACGUACAUACAAACCAGUAAAGACACAUGCUGCUCGAAA